AACAGUUCCAUCACGUAUCGACAUAUCCAACUCGUCGCUUGCCUGACUCGCGCGGACACAGACGCUCAGAUCCUGUCCUUUCGAUCAGACGAUGAGCCCUGCCUGACUGCUCUCUGCGAUGCGCCGGACCGCGCAAUCAUCCACACUUCCCGCCGGGUGUCUUCAGAUCGAUUUCACCCGAGUCUCACUUAGCCAACAUGGCAACGGAUAUCUACCAACAGCACAACGACGAGCUCGAUGCCCUCUUUGGCGACUAUGAAGAGGAAGCCGGAGACAACUCCGCAGUCGACACGCCUCUCGAGCAGAGUUUCACUCUCCCCACGGAAGCCAACGAUGAACUGAGCGCGCUGCUAAGCGAAGCAGGUGGCGGCGGUGGUCUGAACUGGGAUGAGCUGAAUUCACGAGAACUGGAAGCCGGUGAGAAGGCAGACGAUGCGGUCGACUACGAAGACAUCGGCGAUGACGACUCGUUACCGGAUGAACAACCGCCGCAGGCUGCGGCAGAUGGGGAGACUGCCAAAGACGGGCAGGCAGAGUCGCCCAGCGUUCUGCUGCCUGGGAUUGAGGAUAGUGCGCUAGAUGGGUUGGAUGACGAUGAUGAUCUGUUUGGUCCUUCCAGCCCGAUCUUGACAGCCCAUGAGCCUCAGCAUGAGCCGCCGCCAACGGAACCACUGGAGAAACAAGCACGCGACGGUGGCCAGGGCUCUGAUCUCGCCUCCGAGCAUGGCGAAGAUGGAACAGCACAAGACAUUUCAAUGCUGCAACCCGAUCUGGAUGAGAUUGAAGACGCAGAAUAUCGCACCCAACUGGCCCUGUUCGCUCAAUCCGGUAAAGGCUAUAUUCCCACAACUGAGCAGGAGAACAUCGAAGAGUGGCUGAAGCUCGAGUUUCCCAGCUUCAAGCGUGAUGAAACACCCUUCUUCAACAAGCUCUUUCCCCCGAGACCGCACAAAUGGCCAGCGAAGACCCCUCUUAAGCCACCCAAGCCGGUCCGCCCUGGUAAGGUGAACCUGGAGCUAGAACAAGACCAGAAGACAUCCUACAACUCGGCCGCGCCCGCAGUACCCGAUGCUGACGCCGGUCUUGUUAGAGCCAAAGAGCCUAAGGCAGUGGAGGAAGUGACAGAGUCUGCGGAUGAGUCUGAAGCGGACGAGCAGCUUCCUGGUGGUCUCACCAUGAGCGAUCUGGAAUUCAUCUGUGCAGACAUUGAUGCCAUGUCACAGCUCGCAGCGUCGGACGACGAGGUUGUGGACAUCCAGAGCCGCGUGAUAAAUGGGGAGGAAGAUUUCUCUGACUUCGAUGACUUCGAGAACCCUCGAAAGAAACGUCGACUCGACCUUGAUCCCCGCAAUGUCGUCACCAUACACCAGAUCGAUGUUCCCUCACUUGACAACCCAGAAGACAAGACGGCCAAGCUGGCUCGGAAAGUUGUGCUAGACUUGAACGAUCCACAUCUACUUGUGGAGGAGAUCGAUCCUGAAGCCGCCAAGGCCAAGGCACGAGCGGGCGAGAAGACGACAAAUACUGCCAGGACAAUCAAGGAGCGCCUUCAGCAACGUUUCAAGACCUCCAACGAUGCAGAAUAUGAUCUUCUGAAGCAAAAUCAUCAACACAAAGUUCGAGGCCAGCUCACGCACCUUAACAUUGAACACUCUGUUCCCGCCCUUCGUCUUCAAUACCCGUACUACCAAGUCCGCCUCUCUUUGCAGGAACUCCGGAACUACCACCGCAAGAAAAUGCAUUUCAAGUACCCAAUCAGUUUCUCUCCACUACACCGACGCAAGAAGGCUGAUUUAAAAGGCAUGAAGAUUGAGGACAUAUACAAGAAUACCUCUGACAUCUCCAUGGCCGACAACUCUUCUAUGUUGCUGCUCGAGUAUUCCGAAGAGCAUCCAUUGAUGUUGUCUCAAACAGGUAUGGGAAAUAAGGUGGUUAACUAUUACAGAAGGCGAGCAAAAGACGACACGUCGAGACCGAAAAGCAACAUCGGUGAGACUUCAGUCCUCUUACCCGAAGAUAAGUCCCCUUUCUACAUCUUUGGGCAGAUCGAUCCUGGCGAGACAAUUACAGCACUGUACAAUUCCAUGUACCGGGCGCCUAUCUUCCCCCAAGAUCCUAAACCCACCGACUUCUUGGUGAUUCGACAAACCACAGGCACAACCGGACAAACGCAUUAUUUGCGGAAUAUUGAGAACCUCUAUGUUGCGGGACAAGAGCUCCCGUCCGCACAGGUACCCGGUACUCAUUCCCGCGCGGUGACUACCGCAGCCAAGAACCGCCUGAAAGCCAUCUCUUUCCGCAUUGCGCGCAGAAAGAAACACAACCGGCUCAAGGUCGAGGAGGUCACCAGACAUUUUCCCGACACCACCGACAUGCAAAACCGGCAGAAAAUGAAGGAAUUCAUGGUGUUCAACAAGGAGCACAAGGAAUGGGAGAUGAAGCCCGGCGAGACUGUCCCAGAUGAAGACGCGAUUCGAAACUUGAUCAAACCAGAGGACAUAUGUCUGCUUGAGUCUAUGCAAGUUGGCGCCCAGUACCUGCAGGACGCUGGCUACGCCGAUAAUGAUGAUGACGACGACAAAGCAGAAAACGACAAUGAUAGUAUCGAGCAGCAACUUGCGCCAUGGCGCACGACCAAGAACUUUCUUGCAGCCACUCAGGGCAAAGCUAUGCUCAGAUUGUACGGUGAAGGCGAUCCUUCUGGCCGAGGAGAGGCGUUCUCUUUCAUCAAAACGAGCAUGAAAGGUGGUUUCCGACCGAUUGGUGGUUCUGCACAAGACGCGAUUACAUUGAAGAAAGAGCUGGGUGGCCAUAGCUACAACGUUGCCCGACAACAGAAGUCGUAUGAAGAAUCCAUUCGCAAUAUCUGGGAAAAGCAGAAAGCAAGCCUUGGGUCCAAGAUUGAGCCGUCGGAUCUGGACAUGGACGGCGAUGUGGACGCUCAAGAGGACAAGUAUGGCGAGCGAUCCAACCCCCGAGCCACUCCGAUGUCAGCCGCCCACACGCCAGCACCGUCACGACGCAUGGAUGAUGAGACUGCAACGUCCUUCAGCAGACGGAGUGUCAACAGUCAGAGCCAGAGGGCAUUGAAAAUUCUUCGAACCGUCAGAAGGAAUGGCGAAGAGUUCGUCGAAGAGCAUAUCGAAACUGACCCAGCGGUAAUCAAACAGUACAUGAAAAUCAAGGAAAUGGAGGAGGCUCAAUCCUUUAGUCUGAAUGAUAUCGUGCCUACAGGAGACGCUGAGUAUGACGCCAGACAGCGACAACGACUCGAAGAAGAACUAGCCAAGCUCGAGAAGAACUUCGCCCGCAGAAAGCACCGCAAGAACAAGAACGCCGCCGCCGCAACCUCUCCUGGCGGUACGGCCAUGUCUCCGGAUGGAGACGCCGGCGGUGGCGGUGCUGGCGGAAAGAACACACAGCCAACGCAACGCAAGUGUGCAAAUUGUGGUCAGGUCGGCCACAUCAAGACCAACAAAAAGCUUUGUCCUCUACUCAAUGGCACGAUCAAGCAAGAAGACGGAUUCAACAACUCCGCAUUCAUGGGUGCUCCGCCCACGAUGUCCUAGAAUGGCAUCGAUGCGGUCUGGGAAUAAUGUACCCUUAUUCAUGGGGAAGGUUCGGCGCAGAGGGGAGUCGGGAAAGGCGUGAAGGAAGGAAAGGCAUGGAGGAGAUGGAGGGGUCGGUCACGAGAAUGGUUUCUGGCAUCGAUGGACAUUCCCACUGCACAAUUCUGCAGUGCUGCGGCCAGACCGGAAUUUUUAUCAAAGCAUGGUCGGCAGAGCAUGGCUGGCAUCGGGAGAGCCUACCCUCUUUGUCAUUUUCGGCGUUUUCCAGCUGCCGCUCAGGGUUCUGUUCUUGCAUUGCAUCGAGAGGAGCAUACUGCAUUCCGGAAUGAUUUCCGUUCAAAGGGGAGAAACGGAGCAUUCAGUUGACUUUUGCACAGCGCGGGAGUGCUUUAUUAUGCAUACGCAGAGCUUCUGAAAAGACGUGAGGAACAGCAUUUUCUUAAAUUGGGAGGGAUGGCCUGCUCAAACCCCAGGUCUACCAGUGCCGAAGAUGGCAACGAUAAGUACCGCCCGGCAUGGGUUGAGCAGAUCCCUUUUCCAUGACCACUCUCAACAGAUCUUCACAUUGCAUCCGUCGUCUAUGUUUUCGAAAAUUGGGCGUUCUGCGGGAUCCAGGAACUCCUGCUUGAGACCAACGGUCCCCAGAGUCGAGUUGACAACACGAAGACUAAGUACUGGUAGUCUAUAUACUAGUAUGCAGGAAACGAACAUUGCGAUGCUCCCUUGCCUGAAGUUGUCCAGAUCGGUAUGAGGUAUCUAACGUGCACAAAGCCUUGGUCUUUGAAUCUCAGGGAAAAGAGGUUGAAUGACCUAUCUAUCUAAGAGAAGUGCCCAUCCACCAUCUCUCCGCCUG